AACAAAACAUUGUUACAAAAGCAGUCUUAUCGAGGCGACACUAGAUCGAAAACCCGAAGUAAGGAGUGGUUGUUAGAAUGUGAGUGACCGGCUUGCCUUUAUUGAUUUGUUCGCCGAAGCGCAGAGAGAGAGAGAGAGAGAGACCCUUCUCUUUCUCUGUCACUCUGUUUGUGUGUGUUUUAGAGAGAGAAAGAGAGAGUAUGAUCAUGGGGGGAGGAGAGAGAAAGAAAAUCUUGGUGGGUUUGGCAGUGGCAAUGUUUUUGGGAGUAGCAGUUUACUUGAGGCUUUGGACCAUCGAUUAUUCUUUUUCUUCUGAUGACUCCGAAAUCCUAAGAAGACAGUUUGAUCUUGCAAACAGGGAAGCCAUGGAUGAAUCUGCAGAGUGGAGGCUGAAAUAUGAUGUGGAAGUAGAGAGGUCUACCAACUGUGCCAAAGAACUCAAUGAGAUUAAGGAGUCUCUUGAGAACAAGGUGGAAGAUGAGAAAUUGGCAAUGGUACAAAAGGAAAAUACAGCCUUGCUUGAAAGGGUGGAAGCCUUAAAACAGGAGCUUGAGGAUGCCAAGCUGAAGUGCAACUUGCAUUAGAUUAAUUGAUCACUAUAAAUUUGAUAUUGGGUAAACGAGAUUUCUGCAUAUUAAGCUUUACCUUCAUGUGUCAUUAGCGUGUCUCUGAGGGAAGCAGUACUUUCUGAGCAAAUCUUUCAGAGUGCAAAUUUUUAGCUCUCUUGACCGUUAUUCAAGCACGGGAAAUAUAUCUUCGAUGAUAUAUAUGGUUCCUUCUCAACUAUCAUGUAGAAUGCUUGGUAAGCAGAUAUUUCAACUAUGAGUUGUUGAAAUAAUGAAGACCCUGAUGUUCUUAUUUUUCUCCUUUCCUUAUUACUGAGGGAAGGUUUGGGUUGGUCUCCGAAUUUCAACCUUCUCUCUAUGUAAAUUGUUUUUUAGGAGGACAAUCUUUGUUGACAGAUCUUCUUGAAUUUUGGGCAAGAGAUUUGUUUGGUUGUGAAAGAGUAAAUUUUGUAUGUCUGUAAGAGUCAUCAUCACCAACAUUUAGAUGUAUAGGCCCGUGAAUCUAUAGAUUUCUGUUUCAAAA